GUGCUAAGAAUAUCUUUCUCCUCGAGCGCCGCUCUCUCGCCUUCUUUUCCUCUGCGCCGCCGAGAAAGAGGACGAAUUUUAAUAAAAAUCCGGCCGACCGGCGUAAAAAUUUGAAAUCGCGUGGGGCGCGUGCGCGUUGAUUUUGAAAAAACAAAUCACUCGAGUUCGCACCGCUUGUUGAGUUGGUUUUCUCGCUUUUCACCGAGACGCGUCGGCUCCCAGGACAGUGUAGGCCGCCCUUUGCUUUGGCAUUAGUUGAGAGAGGACUCGCGUGCGCAGCAGGGAUGUCUGCCUCCGUCAGCAAAACCACCAAGACCUACACCUACCGCUCCUCCGGAGGUGGCAACGCUGACGUCAGCAUCGAGUACUCCGCUGACCUCAGUGCCCUCACCCGUCUCGAGGACAAAAUCCGCCUUCUCCAAGAUGACUUGGAAUCGGAACGCGAACUCCGCCAGAGGAUCGAGCGUGAAAAGGCCGACCUGAGCGUGCAAGUGAUUACUCUGUCUGAGCGACUGGAGGAGGCCGAGGGCGGCGCCGAAAGCCAGUUCGAAAUCAACAAGAAGCGCGACACCGAACUGACCAAGCUGCGCAGGCUGCUGGAGGAUGUGCACAUCGAGAGCGAAGAGACAGCUUCCCUGCUCAAGCGCAAGCACCAGGAGAUCGCCAACGACUUCCAGGAGCAGGUCGAUGCCCUCACCAAGGCCAAGACUAGGGCCGAGAAGGAGAAGGCCAAAUUCCAGGCGGAAAUUUACGAGCUCUUGAAUCAGGUCGAAGUUUCCAACAAGGAGAGGCUUAUGGGAGCAAAGACGAUCGAGCGCCUCGAAAUCACUGUCCACGACCUUAGCAUCAAGAUCGAAGAGCUCAGCCGCACCGUCAUCGACAUCACCUCCAUCAAGUCUAGGAUUUCUCAGGAAAACAUUGAGCUGACUAAGGAGGUGCAGGAACUCAAGGUUAACAUUGAGAAUGCACUCUACCUGAAGAGUCAGGUCGUUACCCAGCUUGAGGAUUGCCGCCGUCGUCUUGAAGAUGAGGACAGGAGGCGUUCAACCCUGGAGUCGACCCUUCACCAGGUCGAGAUCGAACUGGAGUCGGUGCGCGUGCAGCUGGAGGAGGAGUCCGAGGCCCGGCUGGACAUCGAGAGGCAGUUGGUGCGCGCCAACGCCGACGCGCAGACCUUCAAGUCCAAGUACGAACUGGAAGUGAACGCUCGCGCCGAGGAGGUGGAGGAGAUCAGACGCAAGUUCACGAUCCGCAUCCAGGAGUCGGAGGAGCACAUCGAGACCCUGAUGGUCAAGAUCAACGCCCUGGAGAAGCAGAAGUCGCGUCUGCAGAGCGAAAUCGAGGUGCUGAUCAUCGACCUGGAGAAGGCCAACAACACCGCCCGCGAACUGCAGAAGCGCGUCGAGCAGCUCGACCGCCUCAGCGUCGACCUCAAGUCCAAGCUGGACGAGACCACCAUCGCCUACGAGUCCUCCAUCCGCGACCUCAGGAACAAGCAGGCCGAACUGCAGCGCGCCAACCACGAGCUGGAGAAGACCCGCGACCAGAAGGAGGCCCUCGUGCGCGAGAACAAGAAGCUUGGCGACGAUUUGUCUGACACCAAGCUGCAGUUGACCGAGGUCAGCCGCCGCUACCACGAGUUGGAGGUUGAGAUCCGCCGUCUGGAGAACGAACGUGAAGAAAUCACCACCGCCUACAGGGAAGCCGAGGCUAGCCGCAAGGCUGAGGAGCAGAAGGCCCUGCGCCUGACCUCCGAGUUCAACCAGUUCCGCCAUGAAACCGAGAAGCGCAUCGCCAUCAAGGACGAGGAAAUCGAAUCCAUUCGCAAGCAGACCAGCUUGGAGAUUGAACAGCUGAACUCGCGCGUCAUCGAGGCCGAGACCAAGCUUAAGACUGAGGUCACCCGCAUCAAGAAGAAGCUGCAGAUCCAGAUCACCGAGUUGGAAAUGUCUCUGGACGUGGCCAACAAGAGCAACAUCGAGCUCCAGAAGACCAUCAAGAAACAGUCCCUCCAACUCACUGAAAUCCAAGCCCACUACGACGAGGUGCACCGUCAGCUCCAGGUCACUGUUGACCAGUACAGCGUGGCCCAGCGCAAGUUGCAGGCCCUCACUGCCGAAGCCGAGGAGAUCCGCGGCAACUACGAGGCUGCCCUGCGCGGAAGGCGCGCUGCUGAGCAGCAGUACGAGGAGGCGACCACCCGCAUCUCCGAACUGACCACCAUCAACGUCAACCUGGCCUCCACCAAGAACAAGUUGGAGCAGGAGUUGUCCGUCAUCGCUUCCGACUAUGACGAAGUCACCAAGGAGCUCAGAAUUGCCGACGAGCGUUACCAGCGCGUGCAGUCCGAGCUGAAGCACGUCGUCGAGACUCUGCACGAGGAGCAGGAGCGCGUGGUCAAAAUCGAGUCCAUCAAGAAGUCACUGGAGGUCGAGGUCAAGAACCUGUCCAUCCGCCUCGAGGAGGUCGAGACAAACGCCCUUGUCGGAGGAAAGCGCGCCAUCAGCAAGCUGGAGGCCAGGAUCCGUGAUAUUGAGCUCGAACUUGACGAGGAGAAGAGACGCCACGCCGAAACCAUUAAAAUUCUGCGCAAGAAGGAGCGCGUGGUCAAGGACUGUGCUCUGCAAAACGAAGAGGACUCCAAGACCAUCUCUCUUUUGCAGGACGCCUAUGACAAGAUCAACGUUAAGGUCAACCUGUACAAGCGACAGCUACAAGAAACUGAGGGCAUGUCGCAGCAGAGCGUGACCAGAGUAAGGAGGUUCCAGCGCGAGCUUGAGGCCGCCGAGGAGCGCGCCGACACUGCCGAGAGCAACUUGUCCCUGAUCAGGGCCAAGCACCGCACCUUUGUCACAUCUUCGACCAUCCCUGGCAGCCAGGUGUACCUAGUACAGGAGACUGUCAGGUCGUCUUCCGCCGAGUAUAAUUAAUCCACAGAGAGAGGAAUUAAAAAAAUAAAUAUCAUCUUAAGCAAAAUCAUCUCGCGACAAGGAUUAAUUGGGAACUAUUGGACUCGGUGCCAAAGCUGUAAAAACUAGCGCGGGUGUCGCUCGUCUAGGUGCAUUUUAGCCACACAUGAUAUUAUAUAUUCCUCGACACCCGUUCGCGCGCCAACUUUUUCCGGAUGAUAAGCCUUUGUGUCUCUGCGCGGCGCCGAACGCAAUUUUUUUUAUAGCUUUAGCACCGAUGACAAAAAAUUUCCACCAUGGGUGUCAUUUUAUAUCAUGCUAAAUUGUUGGAAAUUAUUGUGAAAUAAUAACAGAUUUAUGGUAUUUAACAAGGUGUUGUUAUUUAAUCUGUCUAUUAUAAGUUUAAAAAGAACUAAAAAAAAUAAUAAAAAAAAAAUCUAAAACAUCUGUUUCUGUCUGCCGCAAGU